AUGUCGCACGAGGAUCCUCAGCGUCACAUCCAUAAUUUUCUGCAGAUUGUCAAUACUUUUGCUACUGGAAGGGUCACUAAAGAAUAUGUGCAGCUGACACUGUUCCCCUUCUCUCUGUUGUGGAAUGCCAGUAACUGGUUGUUAGCCGAGCCCGCCAAUUCUAUCACUACAUGGGAUGAUUUGGCGAUGAAAUUCUUGAUAAGGUUCUUUCCACCAGCAAAGACAGCUCACCUCCGAAGGGAGAUCAUGUCAUUCAGGCAAAAAAAUGGAGAAAAUUUGUAUCAAGCAUGGGAGAGGUUUAAGGGUAUUCUCAGAGAUUGUCCUCACCACCAUCAGACGAAUGAAGUUCUGGCACACACAUUUAUUGAAAGUCUGGAUGCCCAACAUAAGUCAUCACUAGACACUGCGGCAGGUGGGCAGGCUCUUGAUCUAAGCUAUGAAGAACUAUUCACACUAUUGAACAGGUUUACUCAGAGCACUCCAGACUGGCAGGAUGAUACAGCUAGCAGUUCAGUUAGGAAGGCACCGGGUGUCUUUGAAGUGGAUAAUUUUACAUCACUUUCAGCACAGAUUGAUGCUAUGCGCAAUGAAAUCAAGAAGUUAACUGUUGUGCAAGCUCCACCACAGGGGCAAGGAAACAACAAUCAAUACGGGAAUUCCUACAACCCAAAUUGGAGGAAUCACCCGAAUUUCAUGUGGAGUGACAACCCAAGUAAUCAGAAACAGAACUACCAGCCAGCAUCUGCUCCUCAAACACCCACUAACAGUAUAGAGGAGAUGAUGAAGAUGAUGAUGGGUGAUAUGCAGAAGAUGAUGAUAGACCAGCAGAAGUUGAUAGCAGAUAAUCAGAAUCGUGAUUUGGCUGUGCGAAAUUUAGAGAGGCAGAUGGGAGAGAUAGCUGGUGCACAAAAUACUAGACCACAUGGAGGACUUCCAAGUGAUACGGAUGUGAAUCCCAAGCCUUGUGAUGCUGUGACUCUUCGAAAUGAGAGAGAACUAGAGGAAGUGGCUUCGAAGAAAACCAGUCGAGUAGAAGCUGAAAAAGAGAAGAUUACCGAGGAUAUAAUUGAAGAAGAGAGGGUAGUAAAGACACCAGUGACAAAGAAACCAUAG